GUCCAUCGUCCAGUGGGUCAACGAUGGCGAAUACAAUUUCAAGUUUACGUUGAAGAAGCAUUUUAGAAGUGAUGGUUCUGUCGAGGGCAUCGCAAAGGGAUGCAAGGUUGCCGGGAGGAUGUUCGGGGGUACGGCCGUCGUGCAAUGUCUUUGCCUCACUUUGUCCCGCUAGCGCCGGGGCACGACCAGGCCGUUCACGUCACAGACUUCCUCGAGGUCUGGGCAAAACCUGGUACCUCUGUUAGUGUCGUGGACGUCGGACCUGGAACAUCGAUCAGUGGUCCUAUUGGGUUCUCGGGAGGAGAGUGCUCUGAAGGAGGGAUGGGAGGUCAAGGUGGCCUGCCAGCUACGCCUCCUGAUCAAGAGGUGGGCAUGCCCGACGACUCGGAGGACGACCAUCCGUGUGCUCCUUUGAAACCAGGCUUGCAUGUAUCUCGCCGCUACGGUUUGCUUGGGGAGUCGACGCCACAUGGAGGCGGCGAUGGCGAACGGUUGCGACAGGGCUCAGAAUCGACGACUCCUCGUGGUCUGGUCGAAAGGAUCGGUUCGUUCGUUCGUGGCAUGCAGGUGGCCAAGGUUUCGCCUGGAGAUCGAGCGGGUGGUCCGCAGGUUCGGGAGGUGCGUGGGUCAGAUGAGACAACUCGUCGGGCCUGUCCAGCGCCGGCGCAACUGCAGACGGAGUUGAGCCAGGAACGAGAAGCAAGUGGGAACAUCGCCGGUGAGGAGGAGGUGUCUGAGGAGGGGCUGUUCCGUGAGAGAUCGGCUGAAAAGACUCAGUCGGGAGGCAAGCGCAACUUGCCAGAUGAGGAAGAGCGAGAGGGAGUAGGUGCUCUGAAAAGGCAGAGAAAGGCAGGAGGGAGUGCUCGGACGCCAACAACACGAGAGGACGGUUCCGUUGAGAAGAGGAAAAGGGUUGGAGGUGGGGAUGAAACGCCAAAAGACUCGUCGACACGGCGAAGAACCGGUGAGUCUUCCGGAAAACGGUCGAAAUCAUCGAAGGGGAAGAAAGCAGACGAGGGCGACAACGGGGAGGGGGAUGACGACGUGGAGAUUAACCUCAACGCCUUUAACCUCGACAAUGCGUUCUUCCUCAAGAUGCAGACGGGGGUGCAGAAGGACGUCGUGUUGCACAUCCAUCCCGAAAGAAUAUUAGCUAUUCCAGACUGGGAAGACGCGUACAACCACCGAUCCUUGGACGAGUUCCUCGUUGAUACCAUCGCGUCGGCUAUGAUCGACUGCUACGAACGCAAAGAUAUGAGAUACACGAAUCCCAUUUUCGUUCUCGCUCCGAUCGUCGCGCCUCCAGAGAACGGCGAGCCUGCUGUGCGCGUGCUGCCUGCUGACUUCGACAGCUCACACCCGGAGAAAUACUGGUAUUAUCCUGUGUGUGGACAGCAUAACGCGAGGGCGGCGAUGAUGGUGAAAGACCAUCCCAUGUUUGAUUACUACAACUUCUGUAAAUGGUCGUUCAGACCGAUCUACUUCCCUGACGACGAGUUCGACGGCUACGCCCAUGUCAGUUGUGAAGACAACAUGAAAAACAACAAGAAUCCUCCGCGCUUGCAGGUUUUGUCUAUGCGGGACAUUCGCAAUAUCUGGAAAAUUAAGGGCAAACCGCGUGUGGUGCUCGACAAUGCCUCUAAGAAACAGGACGAGGUGCGAAAGUGGGUGCGGUUCAUGACGUUGGCAAUGAAGAAGACGCCGUACACGCCUAUCUGGAACCUGUCAACGGAAGCAAAGAAAAGAAAGGAAUGGGCUGAAAAACUUCGAUACUACCUCCCGCUGGCCAUGGCAGAUGACUCCGUCUUCGCUUUGGGGUUGAAGUUCUAUGAGGAGUGGUCGAAAGGGAAACUCCUUGCUUCUGACGGCUGGCGUUGGACUGAAAAGCCGCCCACCCAUGAGGAGGUGGCCAAGCUAGGACUCUCCACUGUGACUGACAGCCAGGGGCUGAAGAAACACGUCUGGUACGUGAAGGUGGAUGACCCGUCGUUGAAAAAGGGCAGGGGGAAGCCAAAGAAAGGCGCGGAGGAAAAAACUUUCUACGUCCAAGUUCUGGAGCCGGAUGUCCACUGCUGGAAGGAAUUGGUGGACUUGACGGACCGCGAGAAGAAAAGGCUGUUGAACGGCGUCUUGAACCUUAACGUCGUGUGGGUUCAAACGAGUAGCAAGAAGUUGGCCGAGCAGGGGAAGUUCAGUGUCAAGGAGAUGGUCGACAUAAUAAAAAUGGACCGGAUUAUGCUGAGGUUGUGGCACUAUGUGGAGUUUGAGUACGAGGAAAUGGAUAAGCGGGAGUGGAAUGCCAACUCCACGUUCUUUAGGUCCAAGAAGCAACUGUUCGAAGAGUUCAAGGACAGAGGUCUCGACGACAAGCUUUGGAACAAGAGCAGGAAAUUUUUCACGGACACCACAUACGUCAACAAGUGCCAUCAGUUUCUCGGGUGUCAACACGACAACAACAUCAAGAGAACGGCGGCCCUCGUCAACGACCAGCAUUUCCCGGCGGAGUGGAAGCGUGUCGUCCUUUCGGUGAUCACUGGAGAUCAUGCCAAAGGCAAAAAAAGCCCUCGGGGCGUUGAUGAAUGUAUCAACAUUAUGUGGACAAGGACAAGCGCCUUGACGACGCUGGCCCAAUUUAACGUCGACCCAUUGAGUGCCAGAGAUCAUAAGGAGGGGCUGGGAAAACUAGGGCAUCAGCUACGCUCCCACACUUGCGUGCUCGACUUAUGCGGCGAGGAUCCUCGGCUACUGACUCACCCGGUGUACGAGGGAGCUGUUGCUGAAGACGACGACGCCGCUCUCCGGAGGAAACAAAAAGUGACACCCAUGGAUGUGGAGGAGAAGUCUUUCAAGUCCUUGACUUUCGUGGACAUCGGAAACCUGACCCAGAGAGGGGCUCUAUACAAGGACAGCGAGCGGAAUCUGAAUCAGUUGUGCAAUCAACUUCUUUUCUUCUGUGGUGUGGCGGAUGCCGUGCUGUUCUUAGGCAAGCCGCACAAGCAGGUGGUGUGGAGUCUGCUUCAGCAGGGAAGGCACAUCUUGGUCGUGGAUGGGGACACAACGCAGCUCGAAUACACCAUGCAGUAUGUCACCCAUGAAGUGUCGUCCAAGGCUUACCCAUGCGAUUUCCACCAUGUCGUGGUCGAGCCCGUUUAUGACCCGAACAAGGACAUGUUCUUCAAGUUAACUCCGAAGAAAAGGCGCCAGGUCUACUUCUUCCUUUACGGCGAACAACCAAGGUUGAGAUUUGACCCGCAGUACAUGGUGCGGAAGGAAGUCGCCAUUGCGGUCCUCCAGGGCUACCACGGAGCGAGUCGGGCCGGCGCUGUGAGCUUCAUUAAGAGGCUGGAAUAUGUCUUUUUUAAUGAGGAUGUUGUCGAUCCGGCCGACUUCACUUUGGAUAAGUACAAGCUGGCAUUCGGUGAGGAGGACGACCUCUUCGAUUUGGACGGGCAAUUGGCCAUCUUCAAUGCCCAAGUUUCUGAGUCGCCAUCAGUAUGCAAACCGGGGACACCUCUCGCUACACCUACCUUGGGCGGUCCCACGCCCGUGUCCUCCUUAGCGCCUGUCAAGAGGGGUGGGUUGUCCCGUCUGAGGAGUUCGUCGGGGGAGCCUAUUCGUCUCACGCCGCAGCCCGAACGUCUUCGACCCGGCCGUCCAGUUCCUCCGGACCAUCCGCAUCUCAAGGCUACUGCGACUCCCUUCCACAUGGGCGACAAACACACCUUCUCCACAGCUGAAGAUUGGGGCCAUGAUAUCGUGUGGCACCCAGACCAUUUCCAGCCAGUCCUUCUCGAUGACGAAUGGGCAGUGGUUGUGAGGGACGUAAGUGGGGGGUGGAUAAAUGACGAUCGUUGGGACCUCGAGACAUUUGAAUCUCGCGCCUCGAGACGAUCGUUAAGUGAGGUCAAUCGACGAAGUAAGGACGACCCUGCUCUUCGCGAAUACGGGGACACGCUAUUCGAGUUAUUGCAGUCAAAUAAAUGGCUGGAAGUGUCAUCCGCGUUCUACGCCCUUCCGUCAAGCCCGUCAAUUAAGCAAGUGAGUUGGGAGUUGCCUGAGGUCACCCCGCCGGCAGGAGUUGUGAAGCGCAAGUCUCGCGGAAAGGACGGCGACGGGGAUGGUGAAGGCGGCGGGCAACGAGGUACCGGAGGUGGAAGUGAACAGCGUUCGACGAAACAGCAGUCUCCGGGGCACGCAGGCGGCGGAGAGGGGAAGAAGGGCAGCCAGGGGAAGAAAAAGCCUUGCUGCGGAGAGAAGACGAAGCAUCACAGAGGAGACGGGCAGGGGUCCGAUGUCGACCGCGACGAGGACGGUGGGGUUCUGGCGGACCCUGUGAUCAGCUCCACUGGCGAAACACAGUUUGUCGAUGCGGUUGGCGGGGCAGGUGUCGCAAAGCAUGGAACAUGCUUCGCUCAGCUCCAAAAACGGUUGGGGGAUUGUCUCGGAUCAAUCCGAACCUCGGAGACGACGUCGUUGUCCGGAACUCAGCGCCUUCCAGGAAGUGAGACGACAACAUACCACGGGUCCGGCAGCGACAAGCUGGAACUGUGUUCCGUUUCGCCUCAAAAGGAAGUUCGGAUUAAUUCGAACCGCGAAGGCCGUGCCAUCGAGGGAGCACAGUUGUCUACAGAACUCGAACGGGUGGUCCGUGUUUCCGAAAACCCUGGCGACAAAAUUCGGAUUCAUCCGAAUCAGGAUGCCGUGUUUUCCAUGACAGACGAUCGGUGUCAGGAUGCAGUAACGCUGUGCGUGGAAGCCCACAAGGAGCUGCAGGCGGACUGUCCGACUGAGGGUGAGUUGGCGACCAGUUCCAAUGUCGAGCCCAAUACACUCGGAGCCGAGUUAGCAGUCGUAAGCAACUCCCCGGUGAAAGCGGUCAUGUCAGCGUCAUUGGAAACUGCGGGGGCUCGGAUGAAUCCGAACCAGGGCCCUGUGAACAUGUCCCUCCCUGAUGCAUCUUUGGAGACGACCGUGAUUCGGAUUCAUCCGAGGCACACGGACGAAGGACUUCAACUGGCAGGCGUUGAGGGUUGUCAACUACUGACGACUUUGGACAAGGACAAUUCCGCCGACGACCGGAUUGAUCCGACACUCAGCGACGUCGGGAUGGAGCUACCAGUUCAGUCGGGAUAUGACGAUCCCUUGUACUCCGCCCUUCACAACAAGGCGAUGGGGGAGGACGUUCUGAAGAAGGCCUCUGACGCUGUUGGAGAUAGAUUUCUCUAUUUGAGUGACGACAACAAAGACACAGCGUACGGGGACAAUAAGUUAAAAGGGGGAGAGGUGUUGUUGGACAUCCUUCGGACAUUGAGCCCAACACAAUACGACACAGUGGCAAUGGAGAAAAAACAACCUGUCGAUGUUGUGGACGUCGACGCUCUUUGUCCAGAGACGAAUAUACCAUCUACGGUCAUCGACGCCGACAUCUCGAGCUUGUAAAGUUUCCCUGUGGGUUUGGAGCAGGUCGUCGCCACGUCGACGCGCGCAGGGGUGCCAA